AUGCUGUUUGCUGCUGGUUCCUAUGAGCGGUUCCUCUUUGGCUUCGAAUGGGACCAGGAGCAGGCCACCUCCUCGCUGACAAAGUCCUUCACGCAUCCAGCCCACAAGGGCGCCAUCCGGAGCAUCGCUGCCGCGGGCCCAUUCCUGGCAUGUGGCGGGUCGGAGGACACCAUUCACAUCUACAACCUGCGCACCAACAAGGACCUGGGCUUCCUGAUGGCCCCCGGCGAGGGCGCGGUGACGGCGGCUGUGUUCCACACCCCCACGGGGCGCAGCACCCCCACGCACCUCCUCACCGGCUCCGCCGACGGCUCGCUGUCCAUCUGGGGCGUGGGCGGGGAGUGGACAUGCCUGAAGACCUUCAAGGCGCACACCAAGGAGGUGACGGGCGUGGCGGUGCACCCCUCCGGCCGCGUCGCGCUUUCCAUCUCCAGGGACGGUACGCUGCGCAUCUGGGACCUGGUGAAGGGCCGCAGCACGUUCGCCACCAAGCUGCCGCAGGCCGCGGAGGCCAUCACCUUCAGCCCCAGCGGCGACGUGUACGCGCUACUGGCCGGGGCCGUGCUCAGCAUGCACAGCGUGGCGGCAGAGUCCAGCACCGCGCUGGCCACGCUGAGCCACGAGCGCCGGGUGCUGUGCCACGCUUUCCACGGCGAGGACGUGCUGCUGACAGGGUGCGACGACGGCUCGCUGCAUGCCUGGAGCAUCCCGGACGAGGCGGAGAUCCUGACCAUCCCCGAGGCGCAUGGCAGCCGCAUCCGGGGCCUGGCCGUUGCGCCCCAGUCGUCUGCCUCGGAUGCGUCCUCUUCGAUCCAGGCCAGCAAGAGCCCUAGCACAGCACACGCCCUUCCCAGGCUGGUGGGCACGGCGUCGAGCGACGGCACCCUGCGGCUCUGGAACCUGGAGGACAUCCGGGCGGGGGCGGGGGGCGCCGCGCCGCAGCCGCUGGCGGAGGUGGACACCCGGGCGAGGCUCACCUGCCUGACGGCCAUGCUGAGCCCCACGGAGCUCGCUGCGCAGCACGCGGCGGAGCGAGAGGCGAUGAAAGCAGCGGCCGCGCUGCGCAAGGCGAAGAAACGGCGGACGGAGCCGGAGGCGGGGGAGGCGGGGGAGGGGACAAGGGCCACGAAGGCGACAAAGGCAAGAAGGACGAAAGAGGCGGAGGAGCUCCGGGGCGGGGCAGAAGCCCCCGCACCGCAGCAUGACAGGACGAGCAAGGGCAACAAGGAGGAGGGCAAGAGUGCCGGCCCGAGGAAAGGCCUCCGUGCAGGCUCGGAGUCUGAGGCAGCAGCGCGCCCGGAUCGCAGGCCGGGCCAGGCCCCGCGCCCAGUCCUGCCCGCCCGGCCCGGCGUGGUGGACUUUGUGAGCGACGCGGACCUCCUGGCGCAGCGCUCCAAGCGCCAGUCCAUGCAGGCCCGCGUGGCGCGGGGGAGGAAGGCGGCGCACCGACCCAUCGGACCGGCGGCCCCUUGA